AUGUCGAAUAUAUCUAAAAGAAAGAAAGAUGGAUCUAGAGCCAAGAUCAAGACAAUUGGAGAUCACAAAGAGUUUCUCAAGAGGAUCACUAAGACUCUUUACUAUGGAGAGUUACCGAGACUGCCUUGUCUAAGUCUUCCUGUCACUGAGAUCUCUUGUUCCCUGUGGUCGGUGUCUCAGCGCGGCCGCUCCCUCCGUCGUCUCCACGUGGACGCGGCGGCCGACAUCGCUCGCUCCGCCUGCGUCUCUCCCUGCGCUCUGGUCCUCGCCAUUCUUUACCUCGAACGACUCAAACGAUGCAACCCCGACUACCUAUCCGCCGCAGCACCAGUUGACCUCUUCCUUGUAUCAUUGAUGGUGAGCAACAAGUUUCUCCAGGACGACGGUGAAGAUGACGAAGUGAUAUGUUCGGAGUGGGCGGCCUCGGGCGGGCUACACCUCGACCAGCUCAAGAAACUUGAAGUGGACUUUCUGAACGCGAUCGAUUGGAGAAUUUUCGUGAGCGAGGAAUCAUUCGAGGCGGGCCUGUCCUGGUUGGAGCGCGAGGUGGCGCUGAAGCAGGCCAGAGCGCGAGGGUUCUUCACGUACGGCGACCUGGCAGCGGCGUGCGCGGGCGCGGCGGCUGGUGGAGCAGCGCGCGCGCUCGCCGCCGCCUGCGCAGCCUGCCUCGCUCCCCUGCUCGCCCUGCUGGCUUCCGCUCUGCUCCUGACGCACUCCCUGCCCGCGCCGCCCGCCCCCGCCGCGUCCCCCACAGACCUGUCCGUCCACACCGACCUGUCCCCGCCCGUCGCCGCGAGUGUCGUGGACCUGGUGCUCAACAAGUCCCUGUCAGAAGAUCACGUCCCGAACCUCUCGCCCUCCGCGUGCUGCGACAGCUGGACUCAUUACCUGGAGCGGUCCGCGCCGAGCCGCCAGUGGGACGAUCAUAUAGUAGUGAACGACUGGAAGUCCUCGGAAACCUGGUGGUCGCGGACGGCCGUCACCACCUGGCUGUACCAGAUCUCUCUCGUGGACCCCAUGCAGCGGUGGCUGGAGAAGACUUACCGGUCCGCGGGCCUCCUCGGGCGAGCCGCGUCUCCCCUGGAGGCGGGCGCGGGCGGCCGGUCGUGCGCGUGGCCCUACCUGCAGCAGUGGCUCAACUUCAGUAAGCUCAGCGUGUACGUGGCCAGCGUGUCGGACCGGUGA